UAAACAGACACGACUCUCGUGUCUGCUCGUCUCGACGCAUUUCAUUGGAAAGCAGGACAGCUAUGCUAAUGAAUAAUGCCCGACGAUGAUGGAACUGCGCCAGAAAGUGCCGGAGUGAAUCCGAACGCGUCUCAGCCCGCUUCACAUGCCAUCGAGGAGAGCAGCAAUGGUUCGGCCGCACAGGACGCAUCAGAGCCACAGGCCGACCCAGAUCCGGCUACAUCACAAGAGCUGACGCCUCCUCCAUUGCCUCCGAGGCCAUCAUAUUCAGCAGCUUCCCUUCGGCUGUCCAAACAAGCAUCCCGGCCCCAGCUUCUGUCCAGUCCGACCACAGUCGUGUCCUCAACAAACGUGCAUACUCAGACACGAGCAAGCAGCAAUGUCAGUCCGCAGUCCUCUCCAAAAAGCAAAGCCGUGUCCAGGAAGCAUAGUUUCACCCACUUUGGGCGUUUCGUAAGCAACAACAACAGUGACGGAGAAGACUCGGCUAGUAUCAAGAGCUUUAUUCCAUCCCUGGACGCCCGCCUCGACAACGAGAGUAUACUUGGCGAUGUCACUGCCGAUGACAAUGGGCCUGCGGGCAAAGCAAUCAGCAGCCAGGUCGAGAAGGAGAAUCCGUUUGAGACCAUCUCUCCAGAGGACGAAGUACUGGAGGAACAGAUCACACGUGAGUUCGAGGAGCUGGAGCUAGACGCUGAGAACGGAAUCACGGAAGAUGACUUACUUUCGGCAUGGAAGUCGAGAUUGAAGCACUUUUUCAUCUUGUCUGCAUCUGGCAAGCCCGUCUAUAGCCGGCACGGCGAUGAUCAGAUGAUCAGUCACUACGUUGGCGUAGCGCAAACAUUGAUAUCAUUCUAUCAAGAUCAGGAAGAUCCCCUGAAAUCUUUCACAGCAGGCGACACACGAUUCGUCAUGCUGUCCAAAGGCCCGUUAAAUCUGGUGGCGAUCAGUCGGUUACCAGAGAGCGAAUCUCAGUUGAGAACGCAACUCGAAUCACUGUACAUGCAGAUUCUGUCGACUCUUACAUUGCCAAGCAUGGAGCGCAUGUUCUCGAAUCGACCUUCAACAGACCUUCGACGGCCGCUGCAAGGUACUGAUGUCCUUCUUGAUGGGCUCGCAGAUGGCUUCACUCGUGGCUCUCCUUCGACCUUGCUGUCAGCAUUGGAGUGUCUUCGGAUGCGUAAGACCCAUCGCAGGGCGAUCAAUGACACGUUGUUGAAGGUACGCUCGCCGAACCUUCUCUACGGCCUCAUUGUAGCGGCUGGGCGCCUUGUGAGCGUAGUCCGACCAAAGAAGCAUUCUCUCCAUCCUGGUGAUCUUCACCUGAUCUUCAACAUGCUCUUUGAAGCAGGAAGCGUCAAAGCGAAUGGCGGCGAGAACUGGAUACCACUGUGUCUACCCGGUUUUAACAACACCGGGUUCCUUUACAUGUACGUCAGCUUCUUCAACGCAUCUGAGGAAAAGACCGAAGCAGAAGGUCCGGAAGGACGGCCAUCAAGCUCCGGCGAGAACAAUGACGAACUCGCAAUCGUCCUCAUCAGCGCCAACAAGGAAGCGUUCUUCGAGCUUCGAAAAUUGCGUAACGAACUCGUGGAUCAACUCGAAUCUACCAACAACAGCAUGAACAACAUCAAGACUUCCAUACGCCGCGGACAUGCAACCUGUUCUGAAAUCGUUCCUGGGACACCUCUUCGUCACUUCCUCUACAAAAGCCGCGCGAACGUGCAAUUCGUAAUGCCGUCUUUCGAGCCGCACUUCUCUGGUCUCAUGGGCCGACGCAAACUCGUCUCGCUGUAUGCGCAGCUGCAGGAAUCUCUCCAUUCUCGCACAGCAAGAUUGAAGGUCCAGCAUAGCAUAUCGGCUGAUUCGACAGCGCUCGCCUGGGAAACGCCCUUCUUUGAGUUGUAUUGUGUGGCGGGCCCGCAGACUUCGAGGAAGGCACUUGUGCAAGGGGCGAACAGGGUUGUCCAGUGGAUUCGCAGGGAAGAGGAGCGGGUGUUCAUUAUCGGUGGAGCGGUGUUUUAGGAUAGCAUGAGAGAUGGUACGAACGCAGUCACUGGGACGACAGGGCUCCGACGAUGGUUCGUGAGAUGAGCAAAAGAAGCCACAGUAUCAAACAAGUGCAUCACGAAUCUCACAAACUAUCAAUUCACCUUUCAC